UUUCAUUAAAAGUACUUUAGUAGUAAGUACAUUUCCGUGAACAGUGAUCUGAUCUGUUUUCUGCCUGUAUAAUCAAUAAAGACAGAAAAUGAGUCUAAAUGCCGUCCAGGAAUGCAGUAGUGAGGCUGCUGGACGCAGGACGCAAGGCGUCUAUUGGCUGUUUAAACUCCAGCGCGUCCGAUUGGCCUGAUACGAACUUUAGGAGUGAUGGAUCGAGGAGGAGCAGGACGUGGGAACUCCACAGCAGUCUGAACAGGUCGGGACUAUGUGAACUGACCCCGGGCCGCUGCAUGGGUGCUUUCACUUGCAUCGCCUAUUCACUGACUGCGUGAACGAGCACUUUUUACGCGUGGGUUUAUUUACUGGCACGGGAAGCAUGCACCUUGCGCUUCUGCUGACGCUCUGUUUCGGGUUCGCGUUUGCGUGUCAGCUGCCCAGCGAGUGGCGACCCCUGAGCGAGGGUUGUCGAGCUGAACUCGCCGAGAUUAUCGUGUACGCCAAGGUGCUGGCCAUCCACGAGGAGCCGUACGCGUCCAGCCUUUACAAUUACCUGCCGUACCAGAAGCACGAACGCGCGGAGGACGCGCUGCUGUACGCGGCGGAGGUGGAGUUGCUAUGCGACCAGGCGUGGGGCAGCAUGCUGGAGGUACCUGCGGGGUCGCGUCUCAACCUCACGGGACUCGGGUACUUUAGCUGUCAGUCACACACGGUGAUGGAAAACAACUCCUACAUAUUCUUCCUCAGGAUGGAUGAAAACUACAACAUCCUCCCUCAUGGAGUCAACUUCCAGGAUGCCAUAUUCCCUGACACGCUAGAGAACAGACGACUGUUUUCCAGCCUCUUCCAGUUCUCAAACUGCUCUGGUGGACAGACGAUGCACAACUUUAAUAGUGACUGGGAGAGCCAGGAAGACAGCAGGCUGCUGUGCUCCUCCGUGCAGAAGGUGUUGUUUGAGGAGGAGGAGCGGGUCGGACAGCUCGAGGAGCGCGUGGCUGAGCUGGAGAGGAAGAACGAACAGUUAAAAGAGCGAGUGGGAAAACUAAGGCAUUCCUUGAGGAAGGCCCGAAAAGUGUCUCGUCGUGCGGAGCGGGAGCGGCAGGAGCUGCAAGAGCGCCUGAAGACGGCAGAGGGACAUGUAGGACAUCACCUCAAUGCCAUUUCACCCCAACACAGCACUCCACGCCACAGAUACACACACGGACUGUGAGCUCAAACACACACACACACCUUUACAUGGACUCAAAAAGACUGCAGGGCAGUCUUCAAAUCUCAUACAUUUGCUUUUUUUGUUUUUUCCACAGUUUUUAGUAGUUAAUUAAGCUCCAAAUGCUUGAUGUAAACUUGUUUUGUACAUAAUUUUAAUGUUGAUAUUGAUAACAUUCUCUUUAUAGAAAUUCAAGAUUUUAUAGUGUAAAAACGGAACACGUAGGGAGCUCUAAUCUGACCCUUAAAAAUGACUUGUUGGUGUAAGCUGAUGUCAUAUUUUAGACUUUCAGUUUGAAUAAACUAAUUUUGA